AUGGAUUUAAGCUUGGACGAAAUAAUUAAAAGCAAACGGUCAACGUCUCGCGAUGGACGUCGUGGCGGCGGAAGACAAGGCGGCUCUAGAGAUAAUGGUAUCAGACGCGGUGGUGGAGGAUCGAAUUUCCGAUCAAAUGGUGCUACCGGCGGUGGCGGAGGCCCAAUGCGUAGAGGCAGACCAAUGGCCAGGCGUUCAAAUGGAUUCAGUCCUUAUUCUAAGGGUGAUGUUAAUGGUUCUUGGACUCACGACAUGUAUGAAGGAUCUAAAAUUCAUAAGAUAGUCAUAUCAAAUUUGGAUUUUGGAGUCACAUCAACAGAUAUACAGGAACUUUUUGAUGAAUUUGGGCCUUUAAAAACUGCUACAGUUCACUAUGAUAGAUCGGGUGGAUCAUUAGGAACAGCAGUUGUUGUUUUUAAUAGUAAGAAUGCUGCAUUAAAAGCAGUUCGUAAAUAUAACAACGUUUCUUUGGAUGGACGUCCUAUAAAGAUUGAACUCGCCACAGACUUAUCUAUAGUUGCCAAUCUUGCUACACGUCUGAGUAGAUCCGCUAGUCGUGGCAACACCAGAAGACGAGGUGGAGGUACAAGAGAUGGUCGUGGUAAUAGUCGUGGCAACACUAGAGGACGAGGUAGAGGUAGUGGCAGAGGUGGUAGGAAUAAUGAAGAAAAGAUGCCAAAUAAAGAUGAACUAGAUGUAGAACUCGAUGAUUUUAUGAAAAGUAAAAUAAAAGAACAAUUAGCAAGAAAAAUUAGCAAAAAAAAUUAA